AUGGCUGAGCUGCGGGAAUUUAUGCUGGAGGUUGAAAAGAACCGAGAAGAAGCAAUUCGGAUAGCUAGUGUUGUUGCGUCAAAACUUGAGAGCAAGCAGACAACACUUAUAGAAAUUGUGAAGUCUUUGGGCGAGUAUAUAAACGAUGAAGAUGCUAGUAUACGUGGAAAAGCUGUAUCAUACUUAACAGCGGUCAUAAAGGCUUUACCGGAGAAGUUCCUUAGCCGACAGCAAAUUCAAGUUUUGACGACAUUCUUUUGUGCCCGGAUCGAAGAUGGUGGUGCCAUCACCGGUUUGCGUACUCUCCACGCCAUGCAUCGAUUCGAUAAAACUAUGGCGCAGGAUACGUUUCGAGCCAUCUACCAACACUCCACUGAAUUCCGAGGCCGUCCACAGUCGCAGAGAUUGCAAGUUCUCCAUCUUUUAAACGAAUUGAUGAAUAAGAACCGAGGAGCGAUACGCGAUAUGAAUGAUGAGUCACUUAUCGGAAUCGUGGAUCUCGUAAGCGGAGAGCGAGAUCCUCGCAAUCUUAUGGUUGUAUUUUCCAUUCUUAGAGUAGUGAUGAUGGAGUGGGAUAUAUUAGGGCAUACUCAGCGAGACGCUUUGAGAGCGCUGAAUGGAUGUGUUGAAUCUUACGGUCCCUCCACCAUAACGCGGUAUUCAAUAACUAUUUGGGAUUGCCUUAAAUUUGAGAUACUAAAUGCUCAAGAUGAUGUUCUUCCUGCUGAAUCACUACGAGUGCUACAUGCUCUGGCCUCUAGGCUGCCUAUAACAUCAGCGAAUGGCGCCAAAAAGUCACCGCUAGCUCAAUUCUUAAAGCCAGUUACAAAUGAAUGUAUUGAUCAAUUAAGAGAACCAUUACAGAAACAGGCAAAACCGGCACGACAAAUCUUGAGCUCACUAUCAUCCGCAUCCGCCUCAUCAUUCACAUUGAUCGCCGAAGGUGUUAUUCGUCAGUUAAUUGACAUUUACCAGAAUGCCGACAGUAUAUCAAAGCAACGAGAGAUUCUAGAAACUUUCGUUGAACUCUUUAAAUCGGCUGUCACCGUCUUCGGAACUUGGACCACUGCCGCUGCUGAUUCCGGCGCUACAAACCCGCUUAUAUCAUAUAAAGAUAGCCUCACAGAAAUAUUUAGUAAAUCCUUGAUGGGUUUUGCUAAAGAUGAAACCUCAUUCAGGUUAUCAGCCUUGAAAGGUCUCGUGGAGCUUUCUAUUCUACCGAGCUUCCUCCAAGAUAAUGAGAUUGGCCUGUUUGUGCAGUACUUUGAUGACAUCCUUCUUCAGGGGCAAACUUUUGCGCAGGAUGAGUUACGCAAGAAGACCGUCCUUGCUCUUGCGGAGAUUUCGAAGAAUAAACCACAACUUAUCAUUGAUAUCACCUUCCCCACCUUAUUAUCUACUCUACCGGAUACUGAUACUGGGGCGGAAGAGUCAUAUCUCUAUUCCCUUGAUAUCCUAGCGCGGAUAAGCACCGAAAAGGAAGUUUUUAAUACGCUUGUCAGGCGGCUGCUAAGCAAGCUGGACGUCGUUACUAACUCCACUAAUGAGGGUUCUCCGACAUACACCGCUGCCAUAUUGACAACGAUUUUGUAUGCAAUGGAGCAUCGUCGGGACCUAGAAAGUGACUCAAACUUGAGCUUCUACUACGAGAGGAUUGUUCAGUCCCUGACUAGUCGCAUUGCAAUAGCAUCUAAUAAGGGUGGCUCGGCUUUAAAUCACCCUCGUGUUCUUGAUACCCUAGGAAGGCUUUGCAACCUUAUUGUCGGGUCAUUACCACGAGAAACUCAGAAUGAAGUGUGUAAUAAUGUAUAUGCAUUAUAUACGACUGAAGAAGAGUUCACACCUGCACUCUUCUCAGAUGACCCUACGACUCUGCAAAAACAAAUGAUAAUCGUUUCAACUUAUAUCCUUGCUGCCUUGCCAAAGGAUAUUUCGCCACUACCAUAUGCCAGCCCGAGUAUAGAACCCCUCUUACAAAAAACCAUAAAUGCUGCGGUAUCCGAGGAAUCCGACCCUUCGAUUCAGUUAUCUCUAGUCCGUCAUGUUGCGCUUCUAGCGAACAAGUUUCUCUCUAAAGAAGAAGUGCAAAGUGCCUCUGACAUCCUGUUCUUGCUCAUACCAUCUACAUCGUCUACUCAGGGGUUAUCCCAACAAGCUAUUCGGGUGAUUUUCUGGUUAUCUAAAGCCCUGAUUCUUCGCUUGGCACCAUCAACAACUCAGAUUUUAACCUCUCUCUUGGAUCUCUUGGAUUCUCCUGACCCAAAGACAAGUGACCUCUGUGCUAAGGGAUUCGGUAUCAUUCUUGCAGAAGAUGGUAUACUCAAUGCUAAAAAUGGAGCUACCAUUCGCCUUCUUGCCAAGCAAAGAGUAUUCACCACAGUUACUCCUUUAAUCUCAGCUCGAGUUCAUGAAGCGAAUACUUCCGCAGCUGCGCAUGAUGAAUCGUCACCAUCCAGAAAAUCCCACUCUAAAGAAUCAUACCUAACUGCGCUAUCCGGCCUCUUAUCAACUAUACCCUCAUCACUGGUAAUGACAAAAUUACCAACCCUUUUACCACUUUUACUCCAAACCCUUGACCUCAACCCCACCGACGACACCUCGUCCACCCAGCCAUCACCUACGACUAACAGCAACAUCAAGUCCGCCACACUCAAAACAUUAGCCAUUGUAAUCCAUGAAAAUGGGGUACAAGUUAUACACGAAAUCGGCUACGUGGAGGAUCUCGUUACCCGCCUUUUGAGGACGGCAGCAAUACACAAUAAUACUGAAGCUGACCUACAUAUCAAGAAAGCUCCACAGUUAUCAUCAUUGAAGAAAUAUGAGAUGGGUAACCUCAAUAAUCCCGCGAAAGUGCGAGUCCAGGCGCUCCAAUGUCUAUUCCUGCUUGCGAAUCACCCUGUUGGGCAGACGGCUGAAAGUGAGAUCAAGAGGCAGCUUACUACAGUAUCCCCUCUGUUACGACUGAAGAGGACUGUUCUGAGGUCUUUGCUGUAUGUAUUGGACGAUCCAAAGCGGGAAGUGCGUAAAGCUGCAGUUGAUGCGCGAGCAGCUUGGUUAAGAAACGUUGAAGACGAAGCGGAGAACGACGAUAGUUAG